AUGGCCAUGACGGCCUUUGCUGCGCUCGGACUUGUGGCUGCCCUCCCAACGAAGGGUCGAGGAGUUCUGGUAAAUUUUGGGGGGUUUCUUCUGCCCGCCCUGUCAAAUAUCGGUGAAAUCGAUACAAAGGCCGACAACAAGCCGCUCUUCACUGGAUACUGGGUUGUGUUUGGGCUAUUUUUUUUACUCGACGGGGUCUUGCCGGCGAUCACUCCCUGCUACUUCUCCACCAAGGCCUGCGUGCUCAUCUGGGCUUUCUCUUCCGCGCGCCCGUACGGUGGUCGGCCUGUUCUCAACCGUGCUUUCGAUAUUAACGACAGCAACGACAGCGAUCACAAAGACGCAAUGGUCAUAAAGGCGUUGAGGCCCUGGGAAGAAGUGGCGACCGAAAAGGGAAUUUCACGGAAAGCUUUCCGUCUCGCGGCCAUCAUUUUCACCGUCACGGCUGGAACGGUUGUUCUGGGGAUCUGCUACUUUUUCGUCCUCACAGUGGAAGGCCUUUACGCCGGCCUGUCGACCUCGACCCAGGCAAGGGUUUGCGUUCUCGCCGGAGCUUGCUGGCCCCUGUACGCGACGUUGGUCGGUCGAGCCCGGAGCGAAGCCGCCGCCGUGGCCAAAGGAAGCGGCGGUACCGAAGGAGCCGAGAAAAAAAGGCAAGGGCCUGCAGCCGUGCAGUGGCUAUCCUACUGGCCGAUGUUCGCGCUCUUUCUGGCAAUCCUUGACCCAGCUAUGGGGUGGUUGCCCCACUUCUACUCUUUCAAGAUGGUGGCACUCGCGUUCCUUGCCCUGCCUCAGACGCGUGGGGCUUACGUAAUCACGUCGCUUGUCCUGUACGGCAACGAUCGGGGCACCGUUGGCAGCGGUGGUGGUGAUGAGGCUUCGUUUCGUGGGGGACAGGGGGAGCACAAGGUCAGUUGCGGUGCUCCCGCUGUUGUCGCCGUUGAUUGAGAAGGAAGGAGGGGCGACUCUGUUGUUGUGUGUCCAUGCACAC